AUGGAGGCGGCAGCGCUGGCGCGGGAGGGCGGCGGCCAGGGCCCCCCGCCCCACGAGCCCAUCAGCUUCGGCAUCGACCAGAUCCUCGGCGGCCCCGAGCCCGCGGGCGGCGGCGGGGGAGCGGCCCGGGCGGCGGGGGAGCCUGACUACGGGCUGUACGGCGGCGCCUACGGCCCCCCCGCCUGCUCGCUCGGCUCCUACAACCUUAACAUGAGCAUGAACGUGAGCGUCAACGUGACCCCCGCGCCCGCCGCACCGCCCGCAGGGGUCAUCCGCGUCCCGGCGCACCGGCCCGCGCCCGCCGCCCCGUCCGCCGCCCCGCCACCGGUCCCCGGGCUCUCGGGACUCACCUUUCCCUGGAUGGAAACAACGCGCCGCAUCGCCAAGGAUCGACUCUCAGCUGCGCUCUCGCCCUUCGCGGCCACCCGGCGCAUCGGGCACCCCUACCAGAACCGCACGCCGCCCAAGCGCAAGAAGCCACGCACGUCCUUCAGCCGGGUGCAGAUCUGCGAGCUGGAGAAGCGCUUCCACCGCCAGAAGUAUCUGGCCUCGGCUGAGCGUGCGACCCUGGCCAAGGCCCUCAAGAUGACGGAUGCCCAGGUCAAGACCUGGUUCCAGAACCGCCGCACCAAGUGGAGGAGGCAGACGGCGGAGGAGCGCGAGGCCGAGCGGCAGCAGGCCAACCGGCUGAUGCUGCACCUGCAGCAAGAGGCCUUCCAGAAGAGCCUGAGCCAGCCACUGCCCCAGGACCCGCUCUGCAUGCACAACUCCUCCCUCUACGCUCUGCAGAACCUCCAGCCCUGGGCUGAGGACAACAAGGUGACGUCGGUCUCAGGGGUGGCCUCUGUGGUGUGA